UGUCCAAAUCUGUCUCUAUCCUGUGUUUUAUUUUUUCUUGUGGUGGUACAAAAUUCAGAAACAACUGUAUUCGUAAUUAAUGACCGAUUGCUUCUUCACCUACUCUCUCUCUCUCCCUCUCUCUCUCUCUCUGUAAUAAGCCUAUGCGGAUCCCAUCUUAGGGCAAGACUCUAAAGAGUUUGACUUUCUCGGAAACAUGCCAUUUUCUCGAGAAUUUUCUUGAAUUGUCCUCCUUUGAAACUCGAAUUCAGCUUCUGGGUUAGCCUUGACUCUUGAUUUGGAAAGAUGGGUAACAAGAUUAUCUCCAUGAUGAAGAAAGAUAGCAAAGAUGGAUCUAAGAGCAAGAGAAUGAAUCGUUCACAGAGAAAACUGCUUGCCGAUGAAGAGAUGUUGCAUCGACGAGCUCUGUCCAUGGCGAUUCAUCAAGCUCAGCUUUCUCAGAGAUUCGAUGGAUCCAUGUCUAGACGGGUCGGCUCUACAAGCACGAGGAAACAACGGGCCCUCUCUGAUCCGUUUUCUAAUGGCAAGCAGGUACCUGAUUUUUCAUCAGAGAGCUUGGCAGUGAAGAAAUUCGUCCUGGUGCACGGUGAAGGUUUUGGAGCAUGGUGUUGGUACAAAAUUGUUGCCUCAUUGGAGGAGUCGGCACUGUCUGCUAUUACAAUCGACCUCACUGGAUCCGGUUUUAAUAUGACAGACACAAACACUGUCUCUACAUUGGAGGAGUAUUCAAAACCAUUGAUUGAGUACAUCGAAAAUCUCCCUGAAGAAGAAAAUGUUAUUCUGGUGGGUCAUAGUACUGGAGGUGCGCCCAUUUCAUACGCGUUAGAGCGGUUUCCAGAGAAAAUCUCCAAAGCUAUAUUUGUAUGUGCAACAAUGGUUUCUGAUGGCCAAAGACCCUUUGAUGUUUUCUCUGAAGAGCUUGGUUCCGCUGAACGGUUCAUGAAAGAGUCACAGUUCUUGAUCUAUGGGAACGGAAAAGACAAGCCUCCUACGGGGUUCAUGUUCGAGAAACAACACAUGAAAGGCUUGUAUUUCAAUCAAUCACCCAACAAGGAUAUAGCAUUGGCGAUGAUCUCAAUGAGACCUGUACCGCUUGGACCAAUGAUGGAGAAGGUAACUCUGACCGCAGAAAGAUACGGGAAAGGGAGAAGAUUCUAUGUUCAGACGCUAGAUGACCGUGCGCUCUCACCAGACGUUCAAGAGAAGGUAGUGAGAGAGAACAGCCCUGAAGGAGUCUUCAAGAUCAAAGGAAGUGAUCAUUGUCCUUUCUUCUCAAAGCCUCAAUCUCUCCACAAAAUUCUUCUCGAGAUUGCACAGAUUCCUUAAGAAGAUCUGAGAUUUCUUUUGGAAGAGAGAACACUGAUCAUACUUUGAAACGAGAAUACUUUCAUUCUAAUCCUCAAAAAGUCAUAUUCCUUUUGUAUGCAUUUUGGAAUCGAUUCAUAGAUCAUAUAUCUUAUCAUUUGAAGAUAAAAA